GUCACAUUGUGAGUCUUGGCAGUUUAUCUGGUACUCGUACAGGCUUUCUUGUGGGAUGGUGGUUCACACUUUCAAAAUGCACUGAAGACAACAACUGCACAUAAAGCAAUGAUGCUGGCGAUGCGCCUUUUGCAUGAACACAAUGCAAGCAAUGCAAUUUCAAUGCGUUGGUAUCACCGAUUUUGGCAUCAACAUCAUCCACCUCCGCAGUUUUGGCUCAGUUUGCAGUGCGGGCUUUUUGCUCAGUAUGACGCAGGGACUCUUCUGGGAAAUUGUGGGUGGAGCGGACAAGGGUGGCAUCCUAGUCCGAGCGGGCAAAGAAUUGAAAUCUGAGGAGAAGUCAGGGCGCCUAUCGCAUGGAGCUCUCGUGAGAGAAAUUGAGUUUUUCGAGACCAACGGGCGCCUCCACUAUGAGAUCGUCAAAGGGACUGGGCCAGAGAACGGCUGGGUCAGCAUUCAGAUCUCUGGAAAGGAGUUAGCUCGGCGGACAGCGGCUCCUUUCGAGGAUGAUGAAGCAGCACCAGAGGACAUGCCAGAAGCCGAGUGGCGCAUCCACAGACGCUGCAAAAGAGAGAGACAGAGAGAUGUGCCGGAAUGGAAACCCAUCUCCAUUGAACAGGUCAUGAACAAUCACACUCGAGUUGCUCCAGGCAUGUUUUAUGGCCUUCAUUUUCCAUGGAGCGAAGAGAUGUUGCUGAGCUCCAAAUUUGGCGCUGAGUGGCUCACUCAGGCCAUGCACGUGGCAGGGACCUUGCCCAUGGAUAACAAGGUGAUGAAGGUUUCGGCAGACCCCUUCAAGAUCACCACAGGGAACAAUGGAGGGAAAUUCCUCUUCGAAGUGGAAUACCUUCACUCUUCACCCGACCUGCACACGCGACUCUUUGCGAAGAUUCCUCAUGCGAUGGAACAAGCCACCCAGUCAGAUCGCUUAAGCUCCUCCGUGAAUAAACAACCCAUGGAGUUCUAUGAGUUGAACUCGUCUCGGCUUCUGGAAGCAACAUUGCCGGUGAAGAUUCCCCGGUAUUACUUCGCAGACAUCAGCAAUGAAACCUCCAAUUGGAUUCUCAUCACCGAGAGCAUCGACUUCAAAGAUCCCAAGAGAUUGGAUUUUGAAGGAAAGACUCGUGGAGCUCCCAAGGAACAACUGGAAGCUUUGGAGAUUGAGGGUCCUUAUGACAAAUGCAUGGAUUGGUGUUUGAGAGGUGAGCCGAAAGACUACUACAUGACCUUGGUACGCUGUGGUGCUCGUAUGGCCGGAUUGGCCCACAAGGGAUGCUUCGGAGAUUCAGAGGUGUUGGGCAAAUACUUCGAGAAUUUUGCCGCGUUGCCGUUUUCAUCCUUCGGGAUGAAAGCUGAAUGCAGUGGUCAACCUCCAAAUCAGUUGAAAACAAAGAUUGAUACAGCACUGAGCUUCAUGGCCGACACAGGGAAGGUCUUGUUUCCUUCUUUUUGCCGCACUGAAGACUUCCAGCAGAAGCUCCGCAAUACCCUGAUGAAGUUGAAUGCCUAUGCAGCUGAGAUGAAUUAUUGGUGCCAUGCGGACAAAGACUACAUCGCUUUCACACACAACAACCUGAACGUGGACAACGCCUACUUUUGGAGGAAUGCCUCAGGCGAGCUGGAGUUGGGUGUGUUUGAUUGGGGAAGCAUGGGCUCCAGAUCGUUGGGCUUUAAGAUGUGGUGGUGGCUCUACUGCCAUGAAUUUGAAGACUUGUCUGCCAACCUCGACGCGUACUUGGAAUGUUGCGUUUCCACUUUGCAGGACCUGGGGGACUUUGGGGGUCCGAAGCUGCAGAAAGAGGUCUUACGAAUGCAAUUCAUCCUGACCGGCCUGCAGCAGAUGUUUGGCCUGGUGUCUGCCGUUGGUCAAAUCUACAAGAUGUGCCCCAAGAAGGAGUGGGCCACCAUCAAGGAUCGUUAUGAUCCAAGGGUUGGUGACAACAUUCAUGGAAAGAGCACCUUGAGACUCUACCUCCAAGUGAUGAGAACGAUUUGCCUGAUUGUUGAAGAAUGGAAGGCUGACAAAGUCGUUGAUGACUUCGAAGAGAAAGUGACUGAGCUCUUGGGUGGGAGCAAAAAGGCUCCAUCCACCAUGCAAGCUUAG